AAUGCAGAAAGAGAAGAAAUGAAAUUUCGCCCAAUACAAUUCCUUGGCGUCGACUACUUCUUCGAAGCAUCGUUUAAACGUCAAGAUGAUCUGAGACAAGCAUACCUCGUUCAAAGAGAGGAGGAAGCUCCGACCCUCAAACCCGAUCUGGCCACGAAACCAAUACACCUAUACUCGCCAGACAAGGCGUUUAUGAAGAAAGCGCUGUUGGAAGCUCGGCAUGCUUUGACGGAUCUCCGAGAACGCAUAGAGCAGUCCCCAAAACCCAGACGAUUCCACAUCAGGUUUGACGAGCAUCCGUGCUACCUAGCGGCGGAACAAGACACCCCAUCGCCUCCGAACUUUCAUUUCGAUCCUCACCUGGAAGAUGGGUUCUUGCAAGAACCCCAUCCUUUUGAGUUGCUGCUGGAACCGUCGAGUGUGGCCGAGCAACUUUCAAGCAUCGAGGCUCCGGUGCAGUAUCCGGCAGACAUUUUCACCGUGAACGAGGCGCCACUCAGCGAUCGCGUCUUGCUCAAAAAAUACACCUACCGGAAGGCACAGCUGAAUGGUACAUUCGAUUUCACACCAACUGAGGGGCAAGUAUCACUAGAAGCAGAAGGCAAGGCGACCCUGGAAAGAUUGAUCCAGAGCGUGCAGCGCUGCGAGCACGAUCCCUUCGACACUUCGCCCGCCUGCACAGAAGAAGAAUCCGGUCUCAAAGUAGACACCGCGACGCAGCAGCCAAACCACGGAUGCCAUCAAAAUAGCCAACCACUCACGUCAACCGCCUGUGCUAACUGGUCCCAGAAAUCGGUGUCGUGCCCUCUAACUGACGCCAAUUUAAACGACGGAGCCAGCGAUACAGAAAGAGCCGAGGACACAGCCGAAGAACCUACGGAACAACAGGGCAACAUAGACUCUCAGAGUCACGAGGCAUCGAGUCAACAGUACAUUGAGACUCAAGCGCUUUCGUUGGAGGCUGACUACUAUCAACAUAGCGAGCUAUUGACUCCUACUUCCGUCGUUGGGGGCGACGACCCACCUAAGACCACUUCAGUGCACGUAACCCCGCGCAGCUGUGUCUACCUUUUAAAUAACAAGAGCGACGAUACAGGAACGGUUCAGGAAGCAGAAGAAGGACAUACGGGACAACGGGAGCAGAGAGACUCCCAAGGGCCACUUAUUGAUACUGAGGUGUUGUCAGAGCCGAGCUGCAGUCAAGAGAGACAGCAGUUUACCAUAGCCUCUGAAGUCGGUGCAGACAGUUCUGAGAAAUCGGUUUUAGACCUUGCAAUUCCAUUCAGCUCUGUCGAUUCGAACGACGAAGCCAACGUAGGCGAUGUAGAAAUAGUUGAGGUGCAAGAUACGGUAGAUGGACUUGCAGAACAGUGCAAGCAUUCAGACUCGCAAAAUGAUGAGGUAUCCUACGACACUCAAGAUAUACCUUCCGUAGACCCCGAUUUUGAAGAACAGAUCGCCGAACCGUCGAUCAAAGCUAUCCCCGAUAAGCCCAGUAACGUUGCUGUCGUGCAACCCAGAUCUGCGGUUCCAAGUCGGUCCAUGGAGGUCGCUGACGCUGAAGUUCGCCCUCGUUCGGACGACGUUUUCACAUUUACAGAUAUUUUUGAAGACGAAAGUGCAAAGGGUGAUUCACUGGAUCCUACGAACAUCCUCCAACAGAAAGCUACGUCCCCACAAAGUCUUGCAACACGUCAACACCACGACAGUUCUUCUAGAAGCGGUGAUCCAAGUCCAGCAAAGAAUAAAGGGCCACAAAACAAUACUGGCCUGACCAUUACUGAAGAUCCCUCAGUCACACAGGGUUCAUUGACUUCUCCUCAAAAUUCCAAUUGUGUCCCACGAAAAACGGAUGGCGACCGAAAGUCCGACAACCCUUCACCAAAAGUUUCGUUUACAAGGUCGCACUACCAAAGACUGAUUGAAGGACACAGUUAUUCACGCAGGGCAGCGGGAACCAGUCAGGGUCAAGAUACCCCGUCCAGCCACAUAAUAGUUCGUAGAGGUCCACAAUGGGGCGAGCGAGCAUCCACUGUAGGUGAACACGGGAUCUUCCAGCGUGCUAGCGUGCGGAGCGUCCGUGCACCAGAGCGUCUCGUGCAGCCUCUCAGUUCGCUGCGUCGAGGAAGUCCACCUAUAAAGCGAUCCAAGUACGAAGAAAACGACCACAUUUCACCCCGUAUCGUAGAAGAGGAGGAGUCGCCUCCAAUGGAUUUAUCUCCCAAGCGCGAGUGGUGCAAGCUGCCGUUCGUCCAACCGCAGGUUGUACACAAGACAGUCAUUGAUUCCGGGGACCAUAUGCUGCAAGCAGACGACCCGGACCGCUCGGCCUACAUGACAGACACUUUGCGACACGCUGAGUCUCGUCCAACUUACUAUGAUGAAUAUAUCAGACAGAGUGUUGAAGCGCCUGAUUUUACAUUCCGGACGAAUCCUCUGCGGUGCAAUGUUGAGAAAAUUCAUUGCCGUCCGAACGACGUGCGACAAGACUUUGAGUGCGACUUGUCUUACACUACGGUACCUUGGCAGCAGACCGACGAAGGACACGACUUAUCUUACAGUGCAAGUUAUUGGGGACAAGAUGUAGAAGAACGCGACUUGCUUAACAGUACGAUUCAUUGGCAGGAUACUGGCGAAGAUGGAUUAUCUCACGGUCAGUACCCUUGGGGACAUGACGCGGAGGAACAUAGUUUGCCGCGCAGUGCUGCUCCAUUCAGACAGACCGCUGAAGGACGCGAUUUAUCUCACACUGCACACUCAUGGCAAGAUUGGUCUUACCGUACGAUGCCCGCGCGACGUACCGUGGAACAAGCUAUCCCAGGUGCAAACCAUUUCCGACAGGUACCCCGUGCACCGAAUAACGGCGUGAACCAUCCGCAACAAUCACCGACAGAACGGCAGACAACUUACAGUAUCCCCUCCUCGCGAGAGACGACCGAUAAUCCUCAGUUUGAACAUCGCUCCUAUCGUUUCCUGCAAACGACAGAGGACCACAACCCGGCGUACAGUGAGAGCCGUCCUAGGCAGACAACAAAGGAGCAUCGCUCAGCUCAGCGGAUACAUUGUUUCCCGCGAACAGCUUCUGAACCAAACACGGCCUAUCGUCUUGACCAGAAUCGGACCCGACCACAGGAUCUGGCUUCGUACGAAUGUGCAGACCGCUUCAACGGCUCCGGGACCUACUACCUCCCUGUGGCACCUGUUAGCCACAUACAAGGCACCUCCGUGCCACCACCGGCACUGUGGUCUUCAUGUGGGAACCCUGCUGGCAUGGAAGAUCAUAUGUUUUCCCAGGACAUCCAGUGCAUAGACGAGCUCUGUAACGACGAUCCUGGAAACGCAGAUAGUGACUUCGUAGAAGGUGAAGGACCAGAGAUACAGCCAUGGACUGAAGCGGUACUAGAGUCGGGCAAGUUUGUCACGGAACGCGGUGGGCGGUCGAUGUUGGAUUACAUGCCAGAACGCGGUUAUUAUUCACGACAUUCCCUUGCAGACAACUUACAUUACAGUGACGACAAUGCUCCCAAGGACGACGGGACACGUUGCCGCGCAGGCCUGCAUGAAGAGGAACCUUCCCACGACGCUGACUGGAGCUUCGACAGCCCUACUUCACUAAAUGGGGUUCAGAGCACAGCGCAUUCAAACCGGACGUCCUCAGUGAGCUUUCCUCUUGAAUUGCGUGGCCGUAGUUCUGGAGGAAGCAUCACCCUUAGACCGCACGCGUUCAAACAGAAUGCCCACCAUAGUAGUGUAAGAGGUUCCCCUAGUGGAAGUCAUCCGAAGUAUCCCACGCAAAAUCACAUUGCAUCCGAACCGGAAAAUCCAGGAGAAAGCGUCUAUUUUGGAAGACAAGCAAACGGUUUCCAGCGAUGUAUGGCUUCGUACCCGUCUAAGACUCCCGCGAGCCGUUUAAGCCGUUUAGGCCACCUACAGACGAAAGCAGCUCGCGACAAUAAGCGUGAUGCUAUGACGACAGUUGAAGCCUAAUGCGAAGACCCGGCUAUGUUGACGAAAGAUAUAAACAACUACUUUGGUAAAGGGCGUGUGAGGUGCCGAUCAAACUGCGGAUGCUGGAGACCCAAUUCCUCGGACUCACGUUGGAAGUAACGAAACAGAAAGCUCCUGAAAGCUUAUUACCUUUGUCCUCAUUUUUCCCCAACACAUCCGUAUUUCUUUGCAUUACAGUUCCCCUAUUUGUCAAGCGUGCAAAAGCACGAAGUACAUCUACUUUAUACUUGGCUGUUCGGCUAAUUAUUUUGUCAUUAACCAGAAGGCUCGGGGAUUUUGUUGAUUUCGUUGAAUUUAUUCCUUGUAUCUAUUAAGUUAAUUUAUUAAAGC